GGUGUGAGGAAGGUGAUUUGUCAGAAGUGUGAUGCUGAAGGGCAUGUUAGUAAGGAUAGCAAGCAGGAGGUGUUAUGUGACAUUUGUGGAAAGAAUAAUCACAAUGUCAACAAGUGUGUGUGGCCUUUGCAAGUGAAACCUGUUGCUAAACUUGUCGGGUAUUCUGCCAAGGGGCUAGGUUGUUUCCAAACAUAGAAUGUCAAGAGAGGAACUGGUGGAUCUGUGUUGAGUUCUUUGGCUAUUCUGGUGGUGGAGAAAGGUACUCUUACUGCAGAAGAAGCUGUGGUGGGGCUCUCUGAGACCUAUCCUUGGAAGUGGGAGUGGCAAGUGAAAGACUUGGGGAAUGGUAGGAUGAUGGUGAAGUUUCCUUCUGCAGCAAGAGUUGAGGAAGCUAGAUGUUACCUAGCUUUUGCUUUGAAGGAAACAAAUGCAUUGGUGUCUGUCAAGAGAUGGUCUACAGAGGCUAUGGCUAAAGGAAAAUUAGAUACUACUUGGGUCAGAAUUGGAGGAGUUUCAGAUGAGCUUAAACACUAUUUUGACCUGUGUGAGGUUGGUUCUAUGAUUGGUGUAGUUUUGGAUGUGGAUAUGUCUUUGUUCAGGAAGCAAGAAAUUGUUAGACUGAAGGUUGGAGUGAAGGAUGUGGCUUUGGUCCCUGCUGUAGCUGAGCUUAUUGUGGAUCUUUUUCUGUUUGACAUCUUCUUUGAGGUGGAACAAGUAGUGGAAAAGGGUGGUUUGUUUGGAGCUGGUUUGAAGAGAGGGGAUGAGAACUCUGAUAAGAAUGCUAACAAGAAUAGGGAGCAAAAGAGGUAGAAGAAUGAUGAGGGACCUGCUGAGAAUGAUCAUGACAAUGAACCUGGGAAGACUGGUAACACUAGCAUGCAGGGAAAACAGCAGAUGUUGGGAGGAGCUCUUAGUGACAGUGUGUCUGUUUUUUCAAGAGAUUGAGAGAGCUGUUUUUGACAUACUGGUCCAACUGGAGGUGGAGAAGAAGCUUGCUAUGAUAUUGCAAACCAGAGAAGAGGGGAGGCUGAGAGAAAAGUUACUGUCUGCUCAGAAAGGCAAUGUUUUGGGGCAUCAUGGAAUGGAGAAUGUCACACAGAUGAUGGAUAUGGUUCCUAACAUGAGUGGUACUAGCAAUAUGUUUUCUGUUUUUGAAGGAGAUGGCUUAAGUAAGAACUGUAUGAGUGGGGAGGAAGUGGCUGAGACUACUUUUGCAACUAAAGUGAUGGGGGUGCAGGGUGCUCCUUUGAAUCUUGUUGAAUUGGAGAUGGAUGGCCUGGGGGCUGGGCAGACUGAGAUGAUUGAGGAUGCUGGCACCGAGGAAGACAAGGAGAAUGAUCUGAGGAGAAGUUCAAGACUGGAAAGGUUGGGUAGGGCCGAUGAUAAAGUGAAGGACAGAGCCAUCUAUAAUGCCAAAGUUAGGAACCAGGAGCUCCCUAAAGAAAAACGACCGACAGGAGGUGCUGCACCAGUGCUCACGGCGCCUGUGGCGAGUCGCGGCUGAAGUCUUUAAUCGUUCACUGGGUUGGCCGCCUGUGACGCAGCGUUUGACUCAGCAGACGUCGGAUGGGUGUGUUUGGGGAUCCUGAAGCUCGGCAAGUUCGUUGUAGUGUGGCUGGAGUAGUCUUUAGAUGACAGGGUUUUAAGUCUAGGAAAGUUGCUGAGAUAGUCAGUGCUUCCGUCGGGGGAGUUUCCAGUUCUCAGCCGUUGCUGGUUGUAAUUGUGGGGCUCCCGUUGGAGUUUAUGUUUUAAGCUGCACUAUUUAUGUCUGCACAAUGUGGUUUCCUUUAAUGAAGCCGGAGGGAUGUCCUCUGUUAUAAAAAAUAAUAAUCUGAUUUACGUUU